AUAAUCAGUACCCGUUCACCAUAAGAUCAUCAGUGUUUCGCAAGCAUUGUACUAAAAUCAACGAAGUUUAUUCAUCUUACUCGUAGAAACAUGAAUUAUCACAAAAUGUUAUUGGCUUUAUGCUUUUUGGCUCUUUUGGUUAUAAAUCAAGGAUCAUGUGAUCCCGAACCUCAACCGGCUAAGAACCAUGGUGGUUAUAAUAACCACGGUGGAUAUAAUAAUCACGGUGGAUAUAAUAACCAUGGUGGAUAUAACCACGGAGGUGGCUACCAAAAUGGCGGUGGACAUUAUGGUGGUGGACAUAACGGUGGUGGACAUCAUGGUGGUGGACAUCAUGGUGGUGGACAUCAUGGUGGUGGACAUCACGGAGGUGGAUACGGCAAUGGUCAUCACAGAUACCAUUAAAUUAAAAAGCGCUCAUAAUUUAUUACAUAGUUUUAUAAUUCUACACACAUUUUAUUUCUUUUUGUAAACUCCG